CGAGGAGGAUGAGCACGGCGGGACCGCGCGGCGGCACCACAAGCAGCGGCAGCGACACCGCGAGCGGCAGCGGCCGGGCCUGAGCCGAGGAGCAGCGCGGGCAGCCCGGGCUGCGGAGCGGGGCAUGGCGCUGCCGGGGGAGCGCGGCGCGGAGCCCCAGCCCGGCGCCUCCCGCUCCUCCGCCGCCGCCGACGAGGAGGAGGACGGCGGGGCCGGCGGGCAGCCGGAGGCACUGUCGCUGGAGGAGAUCCUCCGGCUCUACAACCAGCCCAUCAACGAGGAGCAGGCGUGGGCCGUCUGCUACCAGUGCUGCGCCUGGCUGCGGGCCCGCCGCCGGGAGAGCCCCGCGGGCAGGCUGGGGGCGGCCGCCCACCUCCGCGUGUGGCGGGACGGGGCCGUCACCCUGCAGCAGGCCGAGCCCCUCCGCGCGCCGCCCGCCGCAGAUAAAUCGGAGCAUUUACACUGCACAGAAAUGGAGGUAAUUGAAUCCCUAGGGAUUAUUAUAUACAAAGCCUUGGACUAUGGCUUGAAGGACAAUGAAGAGCGGGAAUUAAGUCCUCCAUUGGAGCAGCUGAUAGAUCACAUGACCAACACCACAGAAACCGAUGGGAGUCGAGAUGAGGGGUACGAUGCGCUGGAUGAGGGGGUGGAGGAUGAUGACGAUGAUGACAAAGAGGAAGUUGAGGCUAUUCAUUCCUAUAAGGACGUCAUGAAGCUGUGUGCCGCCCACCUGCCAACCCGAUCAGAGGCACCGAACCACUAUCAAGCAGUGUGCCGAGCUCUGUUUGCUGAAACAAUGGAGCUGUACACUUUCUUGGCCAAAAUUAAAAGUGCAAAAGAGAAUCUGAAGAAGAUUCAAGAAAUGGAUAAAGAGACAAGUGAUGAAUCCAGCACAGAUCUUGAUGAAUUAAAGAAUGCUGACUGGGCUCGUUUUUGGGUACAGGUGAUGCGGGAUUUACGAAACGGUGUCAAACUCAAGAAAGUCCAAGAGCGUCAAUACAACCCACUCCCCAUAGAAUAUCAGCUCACACCAUAUGAAAUGCUGAUGGAUGAUAUUAGAUCCAAACGAUAUACCUUAAGAAAGGUCAUGGUCAACGGGGACAUUCCACCUCGAUUAAAAAAGAGUGCCCAUGAAAUAAUCCUGGAUUUCAUCCGAUCACGACCUCCAUUAAAUCCUGCCUCUGCAAGAAAACUGAAACCAACCCCACCACGGCCACGUAGCCUUCACGAGAGGAUACUGGAGGAAAUCAAGGCUGAGAGGAAGCUGCGUCCAGUCUCACCAGAUGAGAUAAGGCGUAGCAGGCUGGCAAUGCGGCCACUUAGCAUGUCUUACAGUUUUGACUUGUCAGAUGUCUCUGCGCCAGAGGCUGGAAGGAAGUCAGAGGAUGGCUCUGUAGCAAACGGCAGCCUGGCAUCACGGGGGAAGCAGAACGGCGCCACGCAAGUGACAGUGCAGCGGAAGAGACUCCUGAAGGCUCCCACACUGGCUGAACUUGACAGCUCAGAUUCAGAGGAGGAAUCAGUGCACAAAUCAACAAGUAGCAGCAGCAUCUCCCCCUCACAAGUGGAAGACCCCUCGCAGGAAGGUACCAGCAGAAAGACACCUCCAAAGUUCUUGCCCAUAUCAUCUACACCACAGCCAGAGAGACGGCAGCCACCUCAGAGACGACACUCCAUUGAAAAGGAAACUCCAACCAAUGUCAGACAGUUUCUACCACCUUCAAAACAGAGCUCCAGAUCACUUGUUCCUAGGAUAAGGAGUUUAUUUCCAAGGAUGACUUUCAGACCACUUUUUUCAACUAUGCAAACAGCUUCUCUGCUCAGCUCUCAUCCCGUUGAAGCAGCCAUGUGUGGGGUGGCAGGGGCUAUGUACUAUCUCUGUGAGAGAGCUUUUGCCAGCAGGUGGAAACCCGCAAAGGAGGAGUUUUGUUACCCAGUGGAGUGUCUGGCUCUGACGGUGGAGGAAGUCAUGCACAUCCGUCAGGUGCUGGUGAAGGCAGAGCUGGAAAAGUACCAGCAGUAUAAAGAUGUGUACACUGCUCUGAAGAAAGGAAAGCUCUGCUUUUGCUGUCGGACAAGAAGGUUUUCUUUCUUUACCUGGUCUUACACCUGUCAGUUCUGUAAAAGGCCUGUAUGCUCACAGUGCUGCAAAAAGAUGCGAUUGCCAUCAAAGCCAUAUUCCACUCUCCCCAUCUUCUCACUGGGACCUUCCACCUUGCAGCGAGGAGAGAGCUUCAUGAGGCCAGAGAAGCCCUCCACCAGCCACCACCGGUCACUGCGGAGCAUGCCCAGGUUGGCCUCAAGGUCCAAAUCUGUGGAUAAGUCACACGAAGAGCUGCAGUUUCCCAAAGAGUUAAUGGAGGACUGGAGCACGAUGGAGGUGUGUGUGGACUGCAAGAAGUUCAUUUCAGAAAUCAUCAAUUCAAGCCGGCGCAGCCUGUCCCUGGCCAACAAGCGAGCCAGGUUAAAAAGGAAGACACAGUCCUUCUAUAUGUCAUCUCCAGGAACCUCUGACUACCGCCCCUCUGAGAGAACUAUCAAUGAGAUCUGAGCCUUGUGCCUUUUUCUUUGCUUUUGUCUUCAUGAGGUCAUCGUCUGCAGGAGAGGUCACCAAAACAGGGUUAUUCUUCCGUUGCUUCAUUUCACUCAACUGGCUUGGAUCUGCAUUCAGUCACAGAGUUUCUUACCGCCAUGUUUUCCAGAGAUGCAGAAGCUGUUUUUAUCAGGACAGAAUGACAUGCAGCAGGUCAGCUGCUCGCACUGGGAGAAAAUCAACAAUUUGCAAUCCUUGCCUCUUUUGUAUGCGUGCAUUGAAACUAGAAAGCUUUUUCUUGCUUUCGGUCUUUUUUUUUUAACCAUUCUUUGAAUCAUUUUCUGGAGUUGAGCUAAAAUGUGUGCUUAACGGAGAACCUGAUCUAACAAAGUCAGUGCUAGUGCAGUAGCAAGCAGUAAGUCAUAUUGGCAUUACCAAGCUAGCAAUGUUCACAUCCUGCUUUCAGAGCUCACCAGGCACUGGUGUGAGUGGCUGUGCUCCGAGCAGUCCUUCUUUGAACCAUUUCUGUUGCUCCGAGGUCAGAGUCCAACAUGGGACUGCGGUGUCUGGGCCCUGGGGCAGAAGGUGUGACAGAGCUGCUCAUCGUGGGGCUGCUGCUCUUUGAGGCCUCAGUGCUGCCCUGGGUGUCUCUGGGCAGGCUCCAGGGGUGUACUGCCUACUUGAAUGUAUGAUGCCAGGUACUGGUGGUAGUGAAUUCUGGUGGUAGGCAGAGCUGUACAGCAGAUGGGAAGGAUGGGAAGCAAGAGAGGCUCCUGGUGCUACUGGAGCACCUGUAGCAUUGUUCCUUGGGUCGCUCAGGGGACAGAAGGGUAGAUGUGUGCAUCUUAGCAGGCACAAAUUCCACUAUGGCUCUGCUGGCAGUGUGCCCACUGAGAGCCCCAUUUUUGCUGGGGACGUAAGUUGGUUGCAGGGACCCAUGUUUUGCUGAGAUUUUGGGCGACGCUGUCCCAGAUUGGGAGCAAUCUCUCAUUUCCCCUCCUUGAUUCAUUCUUUUUCCUUCUUUGCUUUGCCCAUGGAAGAACACCAGGCCACUGGGUGAGAUGUUCCAACAAGGCUACACUGUUAGCUGACACUAUCACAUGCUUUUUUGCACUUUUUCUUUCUUUCUUUCUUUUUUUUUUUUUUUAAGUUGAAAUACUUUUUUUUUAAUGCAGGCUUGACCAGAGUUUAAUCUAUAAUUUGCAUCUGGAUCAUUCUGGUGUUUAAAACUAACAUAGUCAAGUUGUUAAUACUUGAAAAUCAACUACUGUAACUUUUUCAUACAUUUUUUAAUACCCUGAGGCAUAUUUAAUAUCUCUAUAGCAGUGUAUUAUAGGAGGACAUAGCAGAAAAGUUUCAGAUCUAUUUAUUAACAUUUCUACACUAAGGAUUAAUCAUGAGUGAUACCUCAGAGCUGCACGGAGCAGCGGGGCUGGAUCUGCCCUGUGGAUUCCAGCGAUGUGUCCGUCCCACACGGACCUCAUGCUGGCAGAGCCUGGGGAGGGCCUGCACCACCAUCUGUACCAUAUGUACGUUGAUUUGAAAAGCACACAAAAAGGCUCCCUACACCUCUGCACAGACUCACCCACCCGUAUUUUUCUUUCAUUGUCACCCUGGGAAAUGAGAGUUUUGCAGAUGGAGAGCAGUGGCAUGAGGUGAGCCAUGGGCAGGCAGGCAGGAGGCCAGGGCUGCCUAAAGCCACUGCUGCUAGGAGGGCCCCUCAUCUCAGUCACAUCUGCACUUUUUCUCAUUCCUGUGCCAAAAGCAGGCCCCGUAUUCGCUGCAUUGUGCAUCAGGAAAACUAGGCUGAGAGUGAACGCAUGAACUCUCGCUCUGAAUUUCCCCUGCUGCUAUUCUGAUCAUUUUCUCCUGGAAAUGCCCUGGCCACACGCUCUGCUUGCUCCAACUCCACUCCCCCUUGGCACCAGAGGCUGCUCAGGGCUGGGUGCCCCGCAUGCCCUUUUCCCCUUUUACACGGCGUGGGGCAGCAGAGCUGGCAGCCACCAGGCCUCAACCCCCCCCCCCCCAGCACCGGCCCUGGGCACCGCACAGCUUCUGUGGGCCCAGCACCAUGUUGGUAUUGGGGUGAAGCUUGUAAAUAUGUGUAAUAUAUUUAUUGAUAUUUAGGAAGUCUCCAUCAGUCAUGCAACGGGAAUUAACUUUCCACAAAGUUUAAAAACAAAAACUAUUUAUACACGUGUUGGCUGUUACCUUCGUUAGAGUUAAUGCUUUCAGCCCCUCCGACAGUCUGCGCUCUGUAGGCAUUUUAGAGUGAAUUACUGCUGAGUGUGGGGCAGCACAGUCAGCUCCUCCCAGCAGCUUUUAAAAUCUUAUUUUUGUAGCUUUGUUACGAUGCCCGAUGUCUGAACGUACCAUGGGGGCCCUCGGAGCUGAAUGGCACACAGCUGUGCAGCACUGGGGCUGGUGCUGCCGCUGCUGCGAUGGCGAGCGGGGCUUGGCUGCGGUGCUCCCAUGCACUACGCCUGACCUUGCAAAUGCUCUUGUGACCAUGUCAUUUCUGGGGACGGUUGGUGGGCUUAUUUCUCUUUUCCCCGUUAUUUCCUUUAUAGUGGGAGGGGUGGUACUGGGUGAAAAUAAAAUGCCUUUCCAUUACA